CCUCCCUCGCCUAGCUGUUCAAGAGGGAAGGUAUGCUCCAGUGACGCACACAUGAGCGCUCUGCGAUUGGAUCUGUGCGCUCUUUUUCGUUCAGCUGUUGAGAGUCAUCGCAUGGAGGACGAGUGUUCCGCGUUGGAGGGAAACCCCAUUGGGCCGGUGAGGAAGACGCCACGAUUGCCACACGACGAUGUGCAUCUGCUUGCCUUCGUUGACUCGUCAGGCACACGAUAGACUGGUCGCCUUGCCUCAGUCUGAGAUGGAAGGUAUGAAGCAAGAAACAGGCGCCCUGCGUCACGUGAUUCAUCCAUUACGUGUGCGUGAAUGCAUCCAUGCAGGUGCGGACCUGGGUGCGUCGAGCCCACCAGGUUCAUGCCUGAUGACGCCCAGCGCAUCGCGAAGUUCCGACCCUCCCCUGCCCGGCUCUGUUGGCUGCGGCUAUGCACCGAGUGGGGUUGGUAUCCCCUUGAACAACACUCUGGACAACGAUUCGGGCAACGAUCUGCAGCUGUCAUCCAACCUAGAGGUGGGUGGGUGACAAGACUGAGUAGACCUGACGGGGUGCAUUAUAGCUGAUGGCUGUCUGUGUACAGCUCUCCCAGGAAUGGAGAUGGCAGAGCACAGAUGAGUUGUACGGAGCGACCGACGAGCAAGGUAGGGGAUCCAGAGGGACUAUGCCUGCCUGGACCCACUAUUCGUUGUAUGUCAACAGACGCCCUGAUGGGCCCGUCGUUCUGGGAGGGGCUCCAUCCACCGAUUCCCUACACCACCGUGCGCACUCGUGGGCGGCUUUUUGAGGCGUUUAGUGGGGCUGUCUUCCCUUCGCUCAAUCAACAGGUGGGUCGGCGGGCUACAUGUGAGUGAAGCGACGCUAAUUAAUGGCUGUGCGAAUGUUGGCCUUAUGCAGAGCUGUGACGGUGUUGCGGCCCCUCCUGCCGCAAGCACUCCCGCGUCGGCGCCAUCUGGAGACUUUCCACUCAUCCCUUCGCCGAGUGGACCCCAUCCGCCCAGCCAGCAUACCACUCAGAUGCCACCUGCUGCAUCGAAUGCUGCAACAGUUGAAGGUAAGUGCGCGACACGACUGACUGCUUCCAGUUUGUCGUCAUUGGUGCUCCUGCUGCCUUUUUUUGUCAGUGUCCAUUCUGGCCAUGCUCCGAGAGAAGUGGCCAGCUCUGAAGCUCGACAGGCGCAGCUCGACUUCACGCGUGGACCCCAAGGACAGCAAGGCGGCUCCCGAGGACUGCCAGAUGUGGCUCGUCUGGGUGGGAGGUGAGUUCCCUCCCGGGUGGGAGGGGUGGCGGUUCGCGCUCUUGCCCGCCGACAUCGACCAAGACAAACGAGACCGCGGCGAGCUCAGGACGUGGUACCGCAGACUCGAUUUCCGCCCGCCUGCCGCUCUAGGGCAAGGGGACUCUGACUACGAUCGGCGGUGCUGCGUUCGGGCAUACUUCAACGGCAAGCUCAUGCACGUCAUCCCGUAUCAACCCGUCAACAGGGACAGCACCGAGAAAAUCGCCUGCACGUGCCUGUUCCGCUAUGAUGACGGCACCCUGUGCGGCUUCCAGUCCACGUACAAGAAGAUCAGACAUUCCCACCUCGCGAAGACUCAUGGGCUGCGCCCCAAGAUCGUCAAAACAAAGGUCAGAGAAUACACCUGUCACAAGCAGGCCUAAACCCUCUGAUGCACUGCGUGCUCCUGCGUGUCUGUGCAUGUCUGCAGGGUCUGGGUGCUGGUCCGACCAAGUGCAAGAAGAGGGGCGCUGGCAAGAAGAGAAACGCGGACAAGGACGGUGCGGUUCAGGACUCUCUCGCAUCGCAGGGUAAAGAGCUGACUGUCAACGACGCGGCUACAUUGCAUCGCUUGAUGUGCAUUCACAGGGUCUGCUUGAGCGGUCAAGAACGCCAGAAGGCCCAAAGACGAGGGAUGCUGAUCUGUGUGAAGCGCAAGUGUACAUGACUCGUGUGUGCUGUGGAUGGGUUGGCGCUCUCCCGAUUUUUGAGAGGCUGCUGGGAGAGAGUGCAUGGGUUUUGGUUGGUCUGCUCUUACACCAAUACAUGGUGUAAUGCUUUUUUUCUGCCCAUGCCUUGUACUAUAUUUUCUGUUCGCAGUGAGUCAAUGGCAGAUGUGCGGUUGUCUCAAUGGCUCAGCAGACGCGCCUGCCAUGUCUGCGCCGCGAGAGAGAGGAAUGGUGACCUGAGUGUACGUGGAAUGAAUGGGACGGCGAGUGCCUUUCCUUUAACUGUCUACGCGCGAUUGUUGUUUUCUGUAUGUGUCCAUGCGAUUGUGAUGCCGAUGCAAUGCGUCGAUGGGCAUAUGUACACCGAUACAUAUAUACAUACAUAAAUAUAUAUAUAUAUAUGCAUACAAACACACGCAUGCGCAUACGUAUACGCAUACGUAUCUGCCUGCCUUUAUUUCCAUGCAUGCGUCGGUUUUUUAUGGACUUACCUGCAGAUGUGUGUCGUGUGACUGGUGGAAGCACAAAAGUGGCGCAGGCAGGCAGGCAGAGAGGCACUGUGUAUGCGUCGUGCUGCGUGUCAAGGUGAGGGAGGGGAGAUCAGGGUGAUGAUUCAUCAGCGCCAGAGUGUGAUAUCGACUGUGAAGUGGAUUUAAAAAUGUAAAAUGUACGGAUUGCACCUUUUGUUUUUGCAUGAGUUUGUUAAUCAGCCUUCUACCCGGAUCUUCUCGGCGGGCUGAUCCAGCUCGGGCUGGCCUGAUGUGAUGGUGCAUGGAUGGAUGUCAUGUUUGUGCCCUUGUGUGUGGAUGUUUCCUUCUCGCUUCUCACUCAUGGAAUGGCUGGCAUAGUCACGAGGGACCACGCCCUUCACUUGCUUUGAAUGGAGGCUGAGGGGCUGGGCUGUCAUGUCUUCACUGCGUGAGAGCGGCAAUGGAGAGCGUUGAUGUGAGCUCUUCGCAGCCUGCGGCAUUUUUUUGCAUUCUUGGCUCCAUUUUUUGAUGAUCACGCACCGCUUGAAUCCAAAUCGUGUUGUAGGUCGCUACAUGAGUACACAGAAGACAGAGACACACGCUUUCACAGAAGCAAAAGUCGUGUACGGGAGUGAACGAAGGAACCAAUGAAGCAGAU